UGCUUUCUCCCUUGCACUUCCUCUAUGCACGAGAAUCGCUCUACGGCCGUCUCCUCGGCCCUCUGUUCAAGCAGCCAUGGCAGAAUCGACGCAAUCCAUCACGACGAGCAACUCGGACCGGCACACCAUGGAUCCCAGAUCAGACAUCGAGCUGGUGGACAAGGCCGGGCUAGAAGGCGAUAAUCCGCAGGCAGAAGCGAUGCAAGCCAAUACGAGUGGCGCUGCAGGCGAAGAAGGUCCUCCCACGGGCGACGUCCUUCAGCCUGCAGCCAAGAGCAGCAGGCUACAGACGGUCGUCUUGAUGGGCACUCUAUGCUCAGCCGUCUUCCUCGCCGCCCUGGACAUCACCAUCGUCUCCACAGCGGUGCCGACAAUUUCGGAGCACUUCCGCUCCACAUCGGGAUACACAUGGAUCGGCUCAUCGUUUCUGCUGGCCGCUGCCGUGGUGGCGCCCAGCUGGGGCAAGUUCAGCGACAUCUGGGGCCGCAAGACGAUCCUACUUAUCGCCGUUGCCGUUUUCUUUCUCGGAAGCGCACUUUGUGGCGCGGCGGUUAGCAUGACGAUGCUUAUCGUCGGUAGGGCUGUGCAAGGUGCGGCUGCUGGCGGCUUGCUGUCGCUUGUGUCUAUUGUGGUGGGAGAUCUCUUUUCGCCGAGGAAACGCGGUAAAUACUACGGAAUCGUGGGCAUGGUAUGGGCAGUGGCCUUCACACUAGGUCCGCUGAUCGGGGGUGCUUUCACAAAAGGCGUGUCGUGGAGGUGGUGUUUCUACGUCAACCUACCAAUCUCAGGGGCCGCCUUCAUCCUCAUCAUUUGGCUACUCAAAUUACACACGCCAAAGACGCCGCUCCUCGCCGGCCUCAAGGCCAUCGACUGGACGGGCAGUCUCGCUCUCGUCGGCGGCACGCUAAUGUUCCUCCUGGGGCUCACCUUCGGCGGCACCUUCCACCCCUGGGGCUCCGCCAUCGUAGUCUGCCUUAUCCUCUUCGGUGUCGUCACCAUAGUUCUUUUCUUCGGCGUGGAGCGCUUCUUCGCCCGGUACCCCAUCGUCCCAGUGCAUCUAUACGGCAACACGUCCAACCUCGCCGUCAUCGUCGUCAAUCUCUUCCACGGCAUUACCUUCACGCAGAACACGUACUUCCUGCCGCUAUACUGCCAGUCAGUUCUCGACGCGGAGCCGCUUCUCUCAGGCGUGCUGCUGCUGCCCUUCGCGGUGGCCAUGUCCAUAGCCACAGUGGGCGCGGGCCUCUACGUCAAGAAGACCGGGCGCUACCUGGACUGCAUCCGCGGCGGAUUCGCCCUCCUCCUCCUCGGCCAGGGCCUCAUGUACGACCUGCCCGACGGGAAAACCUGGGCCAAAAUCAUUCUAUACCAGGUCCUCCCGGGGCUCGGCGUCGGCCUCAACUUCCAGCCGCCGCUCAUCGCGCUGCAGAACAACGUGCCGGGCCAGGACAACGCGGCGGCAACGGCGUCCUUCGGGCUGGUGCGCAACGUCGCGAGCGCCAUGGGCGUCGUGAUCGGCUCCGUGGCUUUCUCGAACAAGAUGCAGGAGCAGCACGAGCAGCUCGUCGAGGCGUUGGGCACGCAGACGGCGGAUUUGUUCUCUGGGAGCAAUGCGCAGGCUAAUGUGCUGCUCGUCAGGACGCUUCCGGGCCCGCAGAAGGCGGCUGUGCGCCAUGCUUUCUGGGCAGCUAUGCGUAGUAUAUGGAUUGUUGCGGUGGGGUUUUCGGCCGCUGCGCUGGUGGUAUGCGUCCUUAUCCGGUACAAGGAGCUGGGGAAGACGCAUGUGGAGGUGAAGACUGGGCUGGCUGGAGAGGAGGAGCGGAGGAGGAUUGCGGUGGAGCAGAGGGCCAGGAAGCAGGGUGCAUCAGGAUGAGAUAUAUGUGUGUGGUGCGGUAUGCGCUUCUGCGCGAGAUUACGUCGGAGAAGGGAGGUUUGCUUGCGGCUAGUCCCAGUCCGAUCGAGCAAGUGCGCAUCAUCCAGAUAUCCGC